CGGAACGCGGGCACAAACCUAGCAGGCGCCCCGGUCCGAAACUGAGCCGAGCCGUAGCCCUGCGCAAACCCCUCAACCCUCGCCGCCGCCGUGCCGGCCGCUCAGCCCCGCCGACGCCGACGCCAUGGGCAAGUUCCGCAAGCUCGGGCGCCACGCCGCGCACCGUGUCUCCAUGCUCAGGACGAUGGUGUCGCAGCUGGUGAAGCACGAGCGCAUCGAGACCACCGUCGCGAAGGCGAAGGAGGUGCGGCGGAAGGCGGAUCAGAUGGUGCAGCUCGGCAAGGAUGGUACACUGGAUGCGGCAAGACGUGCUUCUGCUUUUGUUCGGGGAGAUGAUGUUGUUCAUAAGCUAUUCACAGAGCUGGCCUAUCGCUAUAAAGAUCGAGCCGGUGGAUACACAAGAUUGUUGCGAACUAGGAUACGAAUUGGUGAUGCUGCACCGAUGGCAUACAUUGAGUUUGUCGACAGAGAGAAUGAACUUCGAGAGGCCAAACCUGCAACGCCACCUCCACCUCAGCGUGUUCCACUUGAUCCGUGGGCCAAGUCUCGUGCUAGCCAGCAGUGGGCAGGACCGAAAAUUAGCGGGAGCUCAAAAGCAGAAGGCUUAUGAGAUCAACUAUCUCUACCAUGUUUCUUUCUGGUGAAUGAUAAUAUUCAUUUUGUCUCUAGGACUCCACGAGGCAUCAAGCUUGUGAUGCAGGAGUGUUUUGUGAGCAGAUAAUUGUCAAUAGAAUAAUUCAACUUUUGCUAUCCCUCAAUACUUAUGAGAUGUAUGAUCGAUUGGGAUGUAGUGUACUCUACGCUCACAGAGUAUAUCAUGGCCCCACAAAUGAAAUGGAUGUAUUGGUUUUCCUAUUGCUGAUGUAUAAUCAAAUGUUUAUAGAGUCACGUGGCAAA